AAAAAUAAAUAAAUAAAAGCACCUAACUUUUUUUCACUCUGUCGAAUUUCCCAUUUCCCCUUUCUUCGUAAUCACAUAAAACAUGUUUGCUCUUUUCCGUUUGUUUCCUUUUCUCCUAUUUUUUCUGGGUUCCGCAGCUUCUUCUAUGCUCAUCACAAAAACGCCCGCCUUUUUUGUAAUUUUUAAUAUAUAUAUAUAUAUAUAUAUAUAUAUGCACUGUCCUUUUGUAAAUAAUUCUUUAUUUUUGGGAUUAAUUCUUUGUUCUUGAUAAUUGGGUUGGCCAACUUGAUUAAGCUACCCUUAGUUGUUUUCAUUUUGUAUAUACAGGUAUGGAUGUCUGUGGUUAUUUGUUACUUCUACUUGUUGAAUGGCUUAGGCUUAUGGGUUUAUCUGUUUUGGUUUUGUGAUUUUAUGUUUUGGUAGAGGAAUGGAUUUGAAGCAUGGAGUGGAGAGAGUUCAUCGUUUGAUUGAUAUGGUUUGUGCAGAUAAGUAAUAUUUGUCUUCGACUUCUUUGGCAUUUUCUACAUCUUCUUGUCAGCUUAUGGUACCUUAACGUUGGUAUAGUCCAAAUGAUCGAAAGUUAUCUUGUCUCUAGUGGACUGCUGAAACGCUACAAUGCCCUUGAUGUCGGCAAGAUUCAGUACCUUGCCAUUGUGGUUGACAGUGAAGAUACUUACAAAUUUUCUAAAGUUCUUCAGCUUUUGAAAUGGCUGGAAGCUAUUGGUGUGAGACAUUUAUGCCUCUAUGAUUCAAAAGGAGUUCUCAAAACAUUCAAGAAAACCAUCGUAAAGAGUUUGAAAAAUGCAAUGCUAUUUGAGGAAGCUGUUGAAAAAGAUUUGCCACUGGACGAGAAAAAAAUGACUCUGGAAUUCACUUCUAGCUCUGAUGGAAAGGGAGCAAUAACGGAGGCGGCCAACUUGCUCUUUAUGAAGUAUUUGAAGUCUGCUAAGGCAGGUGUAGAACAGGAAGAGCAACUCUUUACAGAGGCUCAAAUGGACGAGGCACUAAAAGCUUUAGGUCACAGAGGGCCGGAGCCUGACCUGCUGUUAGUUUAUGGACCUGUAAGAUGCUAUCUAGGUUUCUCACCAUGGAGAAUUCGAUAUACUGAGAUAGUGCAUAUGGGACCCUUGCAGUCAAUGCGCUACGGUUCCCUAAUAAAGGCCCUGUACAAGUUCACAACAGUGUGCCAAAAUUAUGGUAAAUGAGCUGCCUACCAUUAGAGAUUGUUGGAUUGGAUAACUGGCCAUAAGGGUGGUAGGUCUUGGGAUAGCUUUCAAUCUCUGCAAAUUUUCAUUGUACUCUUUCAUAUGUAAGCAUAUGCUUAUUCAGCUCAUAAUCAACUCAGUUAAGCAGGUAAUCAUGCUUUAAUAUUUGGCCGAAUUACGUAUAAUAAUAAAGCCUUUUCGACAUCA